AUGUUCGCCGAGCCGAGCGCCAGCCGCGGGAAGAAGAAGAAGGAAGCGCGGGAAGUUAACGGAUCCGACAAGAAGGAGGUGCAGCGCGCCACGCGAGCGCAGCGGCGCCAGGGCGGUCUCCGACGCGGUGGAGACUACGAGGUUGAAGAUGUGGCUGCCUCGUGUGUGCCCGUUGAGCUCGCCGAAGCAAAAGCGUCCAGCGAGGACGAAGAUGAGGAGGAGGAAGAGGAGGCAGACUCGGACGUUCCGGAUGCCAAGGCCCAGACCUCCCCAAAGAGGCUUCCAGAAGCGUCUGUCGACGAGGAGUCGGACGAGGAGAUCAAGGACAUCAAAAGCGGCAUCCGGUCCCAGCUGUUAAGUUGGGCCAAAGACCCGGGUUUGCCGAUGGAUGAGCAGAAGCGCUGCGUCAGACAGCUGCUGGCUCAAUGGCACCCUGACAAGAACCGGCACAUUGGGCCGACGGCAACACGCAUCUUCCAGUUUAUCCAGGAGGAGGUGGAGCGCAUCGUUGCACAAUUGGGUGCCGCCGCAGACGCCGCGGCCAGGCGCCAGGCAGAUGCAGCUGAGCGGAAGGCCCAGCGCUCGGCCGAGAAGUCGGCAAAAGCCUCGGCGCUCGAGGCGGCGAGACAGGAGAAGCAGACUGGCAAGCGGUCUAAGGGCGCCACAGCGCCCCCUGCCAGCUUCUCCCCCAAGGAGGCUCCGGAAGCAGACCUCGCAGAAGAGAACGCACAGGAGUUCUCGCUAGUUGUUGGUCACGGGCCAGCCACGACCUCCUUCCUUCGCCCUUGGCCGAGGAGCCAUUUCUCCAUUACCCGGAGCCUAGCCACGGGCCGGGGAGGCGAAGAGAUUCUCCUCUUCGGAGGGGAAGCCUACGACGGCCGCGAGUUGACCUUCUACUCGGACCUUUACCGACUUGAUCUUGGCAAAGUGGAGACAGAUGUGCCUCUGCCUUGGGAGAAACUCUACUCUGCAGUGCCGAUGAUCCCGGGACCGGAUGCGCGCUCCGCACACCAGGCAGUGGCGUGGAACAACUUCGUUUACGUCUUCGGCGGAGAGUGGUCGAGCCGAGACCAGAAGCGCUACCGUCAAUUCAGUGACCUUUGGCGCUUUGACGCCGCUGGCCGGCCCGGUUCGCGCUGGGAGAAGAUCGAGGCAAACGGGUCGUCGCCUGACCCACGUUCGGGACAUCGCAUGGCGGCCGCUGGCGACUAUGCCGUCUUGUUUGGCGGCUUCUCCGAAGACAAGAAGCGACGGGCGACGUACCUGGACGACUUCUACGCUCUGCACCUGCCCAGCCACACCUGGCGUCUCCUUCCGAGCGACCGCCGCGCCCCAAAGCCCGGCGCGCGCGCCGGCGGCGCGCUCUUCGCGGCAGCCGCGGCGGUUUUUGUCUACGGUGGCACCCGACCAACGCGGAAAGGCGGCGACAGCCUCCAGGUGAUGGAGGACCUCUGGCGCGCGUCUCUCGGUAGCAGCGGCAGCGCUGUUUGGGAGCAGGUGACCACGUCGGGCGAGGGUCCGGGCCGCCGCAGCGGACUUUGCCACUGCCCCGUCAGCGCGGAGCAGCCGCUCAGGCGACUGUUCUUCGGCGGCGUGGCAGACCACCAUGUCGCGACCAGCAACACUGGAGGGUCCGGCAAAUCGACAGCCGAGGUCGCGGUGUUCCACCAAGACGUGUUCUUGCUGGACUGCACGCGAGAGGUGGCACAGUGGUCCCGGUUAUGGCCAGGAGCCUCUGCACUCUCAGCUGUUCCCAAGGCCGAGGACCUUUCGGAGGAACUUCGACGCCGCGGCGGCGGUGCAGAUGCGCAGAGCCUUGCGCUGGUGGCCUACCGAGGAGCCUCCAAGAGUUCGGAAGACAUGCGCGAGGCGCCAAGAGGCCGCAUGGCUGCUGGCUGCGUGGUGUCGCGAGGUGCCCUAUGGAUCUUCGGCGGCAGCUGCGAAUCCGGACCGAAGCAGGAGGUCACCCUGGACGACUUGUGGAGGCUAGAGCUUCAGAUGGAGAAGCAGGGCGAUGAGCUCCAUGUCGCCUGCGCUGAGCGCUGGGAGUGCGUCCUCGGCCUCAGUGACCGUGCGACCGUGUGGUUCGAUGACUCCGACUCUGAUAGCGACGAAGAGGAAGAGCCGCCACCAGCCGCAGGCGGUGGCCGCGGUGGAGGCAGCGCGCUCAUGGCAGUGAACGACGGAGGUGGUGUUCUCUCCAAGAAGCAUCAGAAGGAGGCUGCCAAACGCGCACGAAUGGAGCUGAAGCGUGAACGGCAGCAAGAGAAAUGCGAGGAGAAGACGAGCAAGCGCGAGCAAAAGAAAGAGCGUCAGCGCCAGCAAGCCAAGCAGGCAUGA